AUGGCUAUUUCACUCGACCGCAGGGAGCUUGAGCAAGUUGCUUUCAACGCAGCCAAGGAGUCUAUGAGCUAUAUCGAAAGUGUCACAGUAGGGAACGAAGGGCCGUUCGCUAUUGCCGCUGCCGCCAGCCGGAUUGUGCAAACACACAUCACAAACAAGCUUAGGGACCUAUUUCCAACUGAUAAUGUGCUGGACGCCCCUAUUGAGAAGGGGACAAGCGGUCGGACCUGGGUUGUCAAACCGAUCGAUAGCGUUACCCAAUUCGUGGAAGGGAAAAGAGAUUGGGUCAUCUCUUUCGGCCUUUUCGAUGGUAAACGCCCGAUCUUUGGCGUUGCAUACGUGCCAGGGCGAGCAAGGAUGAUCUCUGGUGGCGCUUACUGGCCGCCUACUCUGAAUGGCAAUCAUCUACAGGAGCCUUCUCCCUUUCCCCCGGAUAGGCGUCUCUUUUUUGCCGUAUCGUGGGAGAUCGACAAAUGGGAUUCGGCUUUCCUCGAAUUGGCAGAACAUAAUGCCAUGUUCCGCUUCCGCGAGGGCCCUGUACAGACGCUCGUCAUGAUGAUGGCAGGUUUUUUUGAUGGCUAUAUCAGCGAUUGGGUCACGGUCAACGACCUGAUGGGGUCUCUUCCAAUUCUGCGCGCACUCGGUCUGACCUACGAUAUUGCCCCAGCUGGCGGCAAAGGAGUGAAGGUCCAGGUCGGCCGGGCCAACCGAGGACCCGUACGUGGCGUUCUCGACGAUCACAACUGUUUGGCUCGGUUGAUCAAUGAACAGCUCGAAGAGAACUCGGAGGAUUGA